GAGGUGAUAAAAGAUUUAAAAGGGAGUGUCCCGUUUGACCAUGUUGCGAUUGACCAUAGCCACUCACAGCGGCCGAUGGCUAGAGGUUUUCCUGUUUAAACGCUAUGAGUGGCUAAUGCCACGAUCAAUUGCAACGUGAUCAAACGAGAUAAAAGCUAAUCUUGCUUUGCUGCAUGAAAAAGUUUUAAAAAGGUACUUAAGUUCGAUAAAGUGCAAUUUUGAAGGUUAGAUUAAACCAAGUGCACGGUAUUCUUCCUGACUUUUGAAAUAAAAGAUAGUGCAAAAGAAUCAGAUAACAAAUUUAUCACCUACCAAAUCGUUGUACGAGAAUGCGAAACAUGGGAACAUUCUGGAUGGUUUUAUUAGAAAAGGGUUGAAUUUAUUCGUCCUGAUGUUUCUUUAUUGUUUUUUGUGGACAUGUAAUGUCAGAAAAAAAAAGAAUAAUUUAACCCGAGGAUGUAUAUUAUGAUCGACGAAAUCGUGCCGAAGCACUUUGUCGUGUGCGAUUUUUACGGCAUAGAGACGUGUUUCUGUUGGAAUGGUGACAAACUUAUUAUUUUUCCCUAUAUAAAGGAAACAAAUUGGGUGCAAAAUGCACGAGUUCUGUCAACGCCAUUCCCUGUCAGAAAGAUCCAGUUCUUCGAUAGCAGAGCAUUUGUCAUAUGCAUGCAGGGUAUCUAUAAGCUAUCCCGAGCUGAUGAGUUUGCUCUCUUAAGCAAGAAUGCAUUAGGUAUGGGUGGUGAGUUUUUUCAAGUGCUUAUCGCCAAGAGUGAUGGUGUUUAUCUUGACGAUAAGCAAAUCAAAUUGUCUACAUUGCUGUUUUCCCUUGGGUCGAACGUGAGCGAGAUGGUUUGUACCUUUCCUCUGAUCUCAGCAAAUACUGAGGCACAGCUUAUAAACUAUUUGGUCGCUGAUUGGGACACUAAAAAAAAUCUGUGUGUCAUUGCACACUGUGAGAAACUGUAUAUACUAAAGGAUAACAUUGCACAAUUGAUUUACACUAGCAAUAGUGCUAUUAUAGAUAUCCUGCCUGUGAAGAAACGUGACAAGGUUGCUGGUCUAUUACUACUCACAGAAUAUUCAAACAUGAUAAUCUUGAUAUAUGGUGAUGAUAAUAAUCUAGUCUUUGAGAAAAUAUACCUUGGAGAAAAUAUAAAAGAUGGCACGGUACUCUGUGCCAUUUUCAGUUUGUGCAUGGAGAAUGUUUUGUGGAUAGUAUGCUCUGAUCAAUCCAGAACGUAUUACAUGAAAAAAGAUCUCAACGCCGAUGCAAUCUUAAAGAUAAGAAUGGAGGAGAGAGCAUUUAUCUGUAUGCAAUACUACAAGCCAAAUGUAAUUUUAGCUCUGUCACAAAAGAAGGAAUUGAUUGAACUCUCUUUCGAAGAGUUGGAACACUCCUUAUCGAUCGACAAUUAUGUCGAACUACAUACUGAAAUGUUUAACCAAUCAGCUGCUAUUAUGGAGAACAUUUGUGACAAAACGAAAGAAUUGAAUUUGCUUUAUGAAAAUCUGACUGACGAGCAAGAUAAGUUAAGGAGGAUAAAUUUAUAUGCUGCCCAACAAAAACUGCAUGUAAAUCCUAAUAUUAAGAUACUCAGGCUGUGUAAGUAUCGUUAUCUUACUUUAAAUAUUACAGACAAAUUGCCUAAAAAUAGUUAUGUAGUAUUUACUUUUGCUUCCAAAAACCAAAAUAUGUUCUGUAUGAAAAAAAUCACAGACACAGCAUUCUCAAUACAAAUGCCCAUCAAUGAAAAUCGAAUACUGUGUUCUUCAUCUAUUAGCAUGGACUUGAUUACAUUAACGAACGAACAACGUCCGUGGUGCCUUAUACAAAACUUUGUAAAUUUUCCGCCACAGGAUCUCAAGAGAAAAAGAGGCUCAAAAAAAGAUAAGAUUGCUUUUAUAGAUGCUAAAAUAGCAUCAUUGCAACACCUAAUAGCGGGAAGAGAAUUAAGCAUGUCAAAAUUAUGCGAAAUCAAAAGAAUUGUACGAGCGGAAUUAUAAUUUCGCGGAAUUUUUUUAAUUGACUUAAAAAAUUUCAUGGUGCAUUUCAAUUUAAUAUAAAUUUUUAAGAUAUACAUGUUGAAGUCGUUUCUUUAUUAGAGAAUCUUGCUGUAUUAGAGAAUAGAUUGAUCAGCAAUAUUUAAUAUUAUUAAAUUUUUAUCAUAGCUUCAUUUUAUUAAGCUUCAUUUUAUCAGUUCAUUGAUUUAUAGUAUCGAUAUUCAUGUAAUAAUUUUAUAUUUUAUUUUUCAUCUAUGCAACAUUUUCUUUAUAUAUUUCUUUUAAUAAUGCAUGCAUCUUACAUUUCUAUAUGAUUUCGCUUCCAAAAAAAGAUUGUACGCAAUAUAUACAAGCAAAUGCACACGCGCGCGCUUGCGCACAUACAUCCACGCGCGCGCGCGCACAUGUAGCGUUUAUAUUUAUAUAAUUAUAUGAUUAUAGUACAGGAAAUUGUUAUACGGAAAUACUACAGAAAUAGGAGAUUACUUUACUGUUAAAAAUUUUAUACUAAUUCUUAUUUAAAAUGAAGAUGUAUGAAAAACCAAAUGAAAAGAGAGUUGAAUAAAUUGAUGAAUUAUAACAGAUGUGAUAUUUAAUUUACAGACUUUUAUAAAGGUAUAAUAUAAUCUAAGGAAGAACAUAUUUAUUGUGAUAAAUAUUUUUUCAUAUAAAACUUUGUCACACAUUAGAUCGGCUCUCUUUGUUAUUUAACUUUCAAUUAUCGAAAUUACAUUUCUCUACAAGGAUUUUUUUCGCCUCUUAACUUUCGCUGUGUACUAGAUUUGAUAUUUCUGGAUUAUACUAUAUACAUGUAAGUAUAAUUAAGCUUUAGUAUAAUUGGAUUAGAGGCAAUGCUUUAUUUGGAAACAAAUGAAUAUAUGUAUAUUAAGCAGAGGGAUCAACGAUCCUAACAAACUAAACAUAUGGCAGUAAGAUUAUAAUUAUUUUAAAAAAAUGACAUUUCAAUAAAAAAAAAAAA